AUGUUUGUGCCUUCACCAUCAUUUAUCGUUCAAAAUAAGAUUAGUUUCGAUACGAAAGUUGGAGAUUAUUUCUAUUGUAGAAAGAGAUUUCAGGAACCUCCUCGACAUCCUAAUUCAAAACACUUGUAUUCACCUGAGGAUUAUUCAAAAGAGGCCACUGAAUAUUGGCUUCAAUAUGCUUCCUAUUAUACUCCAUGCUCAAUCAUUUUCAACAAUAUCUCGCACUUAGUUGAGUUAAUGAAAACAACAAAUUAUUCUCAUGUGUAUGAAUGCAAUUUGAAGUAUCGCCAGCAUAUUAUCAAUCACAACAAAAAGCAAUGGAAUAAGUUGUUUCGAAAAAUACAAGUAAAUAGAGUAAUGCCCACUAGUUGGAAUGAAUCGUUGAACUGGUUUGGAGAAACAAGUUUUUACUAA